AUGGAGACUCAGGAACCCUCGAUGCAGCAGCCGGGGAUGACGGCUUCAUCUCCGCGCUUUGACACGGCAUACAUCGACCAGGUCUCGCAGGGACGACGCAGCCUCAGCACGCCUCUUAUCGAGCCCUUGAUCACUGGGACGGGCGCCAGCAUCUACAGAUCCAAGAUAAUCCCUGCCAUACGAGCCGCGCAGUCCGAGAUUGUGCUGGUGACGUGCUUCUGGGCCUCGUCCGUGACCCGUGUACAACUCUGCGAAGCGCUCAAAGACCUGUCCAGGCGUGUGCUGGCUUCGUCGUCGUCGUCGUCGUCUCCGAGAAAGGUAUCAGUGCAGAUAUGUUUUUCCUCGAGCUCGCUGGCGCGCAAUAUGCUCCUACCAACGCCUUCGGACGGCCAGGUCUACGGCCCUGAGAGCUGGGGAAAACUGGGCCUCCCGGGACCCGACGAGAUCAGAGGCUUGAAUUUGCGGGUGGUGCGCAAGUUCUUCUGGCCUUGGGGCAUCGUCCAUUCGAAGUAUGUCAUUGUUGAUCGAAAGCUUGCCAUCUUUCCCUCGUGCAAUGUCUCGUGGGAGCGAUGGUUCGAGGUUGCCAUAUCCUUCACGGGGCCGGUUGUCGACCAUUUACUGCACUUCCAUACGGAUUUCUGGGACAAAGGGAGGCGGCCGGUGCCGCCAUCACCGCCACCUCCAGAUGUUCGUGCCACCACCUCGCUCACAGAUGAGGCUACCGCUACAACGGUCCCGGUAACCCUGCUGCCCUCGCCACACACGCCGGCCAAGGUUCCAAACCACCUCCACCCGCGCGUCCUGCUCGGCCAAGUCAUCCCAUGCAUCCCCACCGCCGGACCACUCCCGUUCCCCCCCACGCCGUUGUUGCAGACCACUCACCACCUGCUCUCGACGGCACAGUCUAGGAUCGUCCUGCUGACACCUAACCUGACCGAGCCGACCGUGGUGGAGUCCCUCGUCGACGCCCUGGGGAGGGGCGUCCAGGUCUGCAUCUGGACCAACCGCACCCUGAUGACCGUGGAGCAGAUGGUCACGGCGGGCACGACUACGCCGAGCUGUGUCCAGAGACUCGUCGACAGGGCUUUGCACCUAGGACGGUCUGCGCUGCUCGAAACAUCCUUUUUCGACGCCGACGACGGGCCCGGUGUUUCGCCACAAGGGCGUGGGCGAGGCCUGGAGGGAGAUGAUGAAGAGCAAGACCAAGAGUCCAUCCCCGUCAAGCUGCACGCCAAGGUGACCAUUGUCGACGACGAGCGCAUCCUGUUGGGGAGCGGCAACAUGGACGCGGCGAGUUGGCGGACCAGUCAGGAAUUGGGCGUGCUGGUCGAGAGUCGCGAGGUUGUUGACGAGUUCAAGAGGUUGUGGAGAUACAGCAAGCUCUGA